AAAAAAAAAAAAAAAAAAAAAAACUUUAUUAAUAUACUAUUAUGGAUAAAAAGUUUGAUCCGGAUCAGGAAUCAAACAAGUAUGUCCUUGGUGAAUCCUUGAGCAAUUCUGUACAUGAGAUUGAUCCUUUGGAAGAUUCACCUAUUGAAGAGGUUCGAUCAGCUAUCCCACCUACCGAUGAUCCCACCUUACCCACCGCCACUUUCCGUGCAUGGUUCUGGGGUAUCAUCUUCUCUUGUGCCAUCUCCUUUUCCAACCAGUUUUUCUGGUUCCGUGCUAAUCCUUUAACUAUCAAAGUCAUUGUUGUACAACUGGUGGCUUUCCCUGCAGGAAGACUUACCGAAAAGAUCCUUCCUAAUUACACUGUUCCUUUGGGUCGUUUCAGCUUUAACCUGAAUCCUGGUCGCUUCAAUGUCAAAGAGCAUGUAUUGAUUACUGUCAUGGCUAACGCUGCUGCUACCUCCUUUGAUGCCAUUGAUAUUAUCGUUGUACAAAAGAUCUAUUACGGUCAGGAUUGGGGUUUCGGUGGAGGUAUUCUCUUAGUCUUAACCACCAGUCUUUUGGGCUUUGGUUUUGCUGGUAUUUUGCGUCGAUUCCUUGUACGUCCUGCACAGAUGGUAUGGCCUAUCAAUCUUGUCAAUGCUACACUUUUCCAUACUUUGCACAAGGAAACUCCUAAGGACGUACAAGAUGCUGAAGCCACUUCACCCGGUCUUGGUUUGUCUCGUAACAAGUUUUUCUUGAUUGCUUUUACUUGUUCUUUUGUUUGGUAUUUCUUCCCCGGUUACAUCAUUCCUGUCUUGACUUCUAUUUCUUGGAUUUGCUGGAUCAAAAAGGAUUCUGUGCUGGUUUCACAGAUCGGUUCAGGUAUUAAUGGUUUAGGUAUCGGUAGUUUUACCUUGGAUUGGAGUCAACUCGCUGCUUGGUAUCCCAGUCCUCUUGCUAUCCCUUGGGUUGUACAAGCAAACAUGUUCGCUGGUUUUGUGUUCUUUAUCUGGUUCCUUGUACCCAUCAUUUAUUAUACGAAUACCUGGGAAAGUAUGAAAUUCCCCUUUUAUAACACCAACCAGUAUGAUAUCUACGGUGCCAAAUUCGAUCGUGAUCGUGUGCUUACACCUGGCCAAUACUUAGACGAAGAAGCUUAUGCCAAUUACUCUCCUAUUCGUAUCACCGGUUUCUUUGCUAUCUGUUAUGGUCAAGGUUUAGCUGCUUUAGGUGCCAUCAUUACACAUACCCUCUUGUAUAAUGGUAAGGAUAUUUAUAAUCGUAUCAAGAAUGCUCGUCAAUCCGGUGAUGAUAUCCAUGCUCGUUUGAUGGAUCACUACAAGGAGGUUCCCGAUAUUUGGUAUUUUAUCUUGUUUUUGGUCGCAUUAGGCAUGAGUUUUGCUACUGUCGUGGUUUACCCCUCUGAUAUGCCUUGGUGGGCUUUAAUUAUUGCUGUGGUGCUUGCCUUUGUCUGGUUAUUGCCUAUUGGUAUCAUUACAGCUAUUACAUCUCAAUCCCCUACUAUCUCCAUGAUCACCGAAUGGGUGUAUGGUGCCAUUCGACCUGGUCAUCCUAUCGGCAACAUGAUUUUCAAGACGUACGGUUAUAUCACAGUGCGUCAAGCAUUGCUGUUUGCCCAAGAUUUAAAGUUGGGACAUUACAUGAAGAUCCCACCUCGUCACAUGUUUUCUUUCCAGAUUGUCGGUACCAUCAUCGCCUCAUUUGUAUCACUUGGUACAACCAACUAUUUGAUGAACUCUAUUCCUGAAGUCUGUACGCGUGCUGCAUAUCCUUGGACGUGUCCUAAUGCAGGCUUAUUUGGUGCUUCCUCCGUAAUUUGGGGUCUGAUUGGUCCGGGUAAAUUCUUGGCUAGCUCAUCCUUAUAUGCCGCACUUCCUUACUUUAUGUUGGCUGGAUUCUUAUUGCCCGUGCCCUUCUUUUUGUUGACGAAAAAGUAUCCCAAGUCUUGGGUUCGUCACAUCAGUAUUCCCGUCUUUAUGUUGGGACCUACACCUUACCCACCCGCGCCUACCAAUGUAGCUCCCUGUUGGGCCUUCAUUGGAUUCAUCUUCAAUUAUGUGAUUAAACGCAAAGCUAAUGCAUGGUGGAGAAAAUAUAAUUAUGUCUUGUCUGCCGCGCUUGACUCUGGUGUGGCGAUUUGUGCCAUUGUGAUUUUCUUUGCGUUCCAGAACUCAGAAAUUCAUUUCCCAACUUGGUGGGGAAACAAUCCUGAUAGUGUGGACAAUUGUCCUUUAGCUACUGCUAACUGGACCGGCGUUGAUGUUUACGCUUAAUUUUUAUAAAAUAUACCCCCCUCUAAUCCAUGACAUUAAUAUUGUAAUAAAUUUAUUAUCGACUUUUUUCAUAAAAGUCCUUUUUAAUU